UUUCAUGGUCAUCUGACAACCAUCUCGCUGGCCGUGACGACAGAAAUUUCUACGCAACGACAAAAACGGAAUCUUUUGUGUACAAGCAAAUCUUAUAUAUAUAUAGUUAACUGUCUUGUCAUAUGAAAAGUUUCAUAAGAAAUACACAUCACAUACAUACGGUACCUUUAUAAAAUUAGUAACUAAUAAGUGCGUGAGACCAAAAUGUCAACUCCAGCCAGAAGACGCCUGAUGAGAGAUUUCAAACGCUUACAAGAAGACCCACCAACCGGUGUGUCUGGUGCUCCCACUGAUAACAAUAUUAUGAUCUGGAAUGCUGUGAUAUUUGGACCCCAUGACACUCCAUUUGAAGAUGGCACAUUCAAGCUCACAAUAGAAUUCACAGAGGAAUACCCAAAUAAACCUCCUACAGUGAGAUUUGUGUCUAAAAUGUUUCAUCCAAAUGUUUAUGCUGAUGGAGGCAUCUGCUUAGACAUCCUGCAAAACAGAUGGAGCCCUACAUAUGAUGUUUCAGCUAUUUUAACUUCUAUACAGUCUCUACUAAGUGAUCCUAACCCCAAUUCACCUGCGAACUCAAUGGCGGCGCAGCUUUAUAAGGAGAACCGGCGAGAAUACGAAAAACGGGUGAAAGCGUGUGUAGAACAAUCAUUUAUUGACUAGCAGGGGUCAACCAGGAUCUCAGUUAACAGUGGUGUACACAUUACCUGGGCAGCCGAACAUCGGCCAAUACCUCUAUAUAAAUUUCAUUGGGACAACCAUGUAAAUUAUAAUUACAUACACUAUCAUACACCAAGUUAAUACUGCAAGGUAUAGCAGAUUAAUCAUAAGUAUGGGUUUUGGUAAACUAAUUUAAUUAAUAAUCAAUAAGAAAACCAAAAUUUGAGUCAACAGGUAAUAUGAAUUUAUAAAUAUAGCUCCAUAUUGUAUAGCUAAUGAAUUCUCAUUGACAAUAUUAAAACCUUACCACAUGCCAAUAUAUGUAAGAAUAGUAUCAGCAUUAUACAUAUUUACAUUGUACCACUUCAAAUCAUGUGUGUGCCACUUAUUUUGUUAGAGAACAUUAGAUUUUUCAUGUUUAUCAUUAUAUUCAUGUAACUAAAUGAGCAAUAGUAGAAAUAUUCAUCUAUGAAAGUAUUUUUAAUGCAACUGUUACAUUUUAGCUAGAUAUCAGAGUGAACUUUUCUCAAUUGUAUUGUGCACAUAACAAAAACUUCUAAGGCUUUGCUUAAAUUGUCUAGACACUGGUAGGUUGUAUUGCCAUGUCUCUGGUAUGACUGACAACUAUUUUGUAACUGUAGUAGGUAUGUAUCCACAUUAAAAGUUAAUAUUUUCUUUCCACUUUUAUUGCUGCAUUGUAUGUAUCUACUUUUGGAAUAUAUUUUUAUUAUCGAUGAACUAUACAAUAAUGUAAUGUAGAAAUUGUUAUUAUUUACCGAAUUAUUAUAAUUGUGACAUAAAGACCCUAGUGCUAUUAUCAACAGUGUUUACCGAAAAUAGUACAAGUUUAUUUUUAAUUUUCUAAAUUAUUAUCUAUUGACUCGUGGUUUUUUUUUUAUUACUAAUAUUAUAUUGUCAUAAUCCUGCUGCACAAAAUUAGGUCGAGUCUCAUUCGUGUAUAUUAUAAGUGUCCCAAUGGAUAUUUUUGAAAUGUGUAGCAGUUUUCUUGUUUUCUAAUAAAGCUGAAUGUUUAAAAUGUCUUGUGUUUCAAGGACAUUAUGAAUGUGUAAUAUUUCGUCUUCUAGUAAAAUAUUAUUUUCGGUUUUA